UAUCCGUUCCGCCAGCGCCGCCGAUUGAUGCCGGAGCCGGGUGGGGGAGAGAGGGAGAGAGAGAGAGGAUACAGCGGGGAGAGAGAGAGGAUACAGCGGGGAGAGAAGGGCCACAGCGGGGAGAGAAGGGCCAGAGCAGGAGGAGAGGACGGCCAGAGCGGGGCGAGAGGACGGCCAGAGCGGGGCGAGAGGACGGCCAGAGCGGGGCGGACCGGGGAAGAGAGAGCGACCAGAGCGGGGAGAGAGAGACCGAGAGCAGCUCACACAGUGACCACACCCUCGGCCCCAGCAUGGUUGCCCGUGGAUCAACAUGAGCGCUCUGCAGCAGCCGUGUAACCCCGAGCUCAGGCCGGCAGCAGCUGGGAGCGCCCACGUUGGGGCCUCAGGAAGGAUCGCAGAUCACGGCGCGUUCAUGCCGAGCGCUCACUAGGAAGGCGAGGCGGGUUUUUCCCCGCUUGUGGAGUGAAGGAGGUUGAUGAACCGGAUGCUUCCGAUGGGCACAUCCUGACCGUUCGGAGCGGUUACUCUGUGGCGCUGAAAUUGGAAAACUUACCCCUUAAACUACCGUUGGCUCUUUCGGCGCUGAACAGGCGGCCAGUGCGAGAAGAGCCACACCCUCCGUGAGCUUCCUGAUAGGAGAUGCCGACUCCUGGCUGAUUCUGCCAUUCCAACUCAACACGACCCGACCCGCUGGAAUUAGUGCUGCUGCCGCCGGGUCUAUAUUUUUGCAACUGACGCUAACUUUUUGGGGGUUAUUUUUAAGUUGCCCUUUUCACCCUCACGUAAAAUCUGAAUGAUCGAACGAGAAACGCUUGUGACAAGAAGGAACAGGAGGUUUUGUGCAUGGGAGUUUUAAUUCUCCCUGAAGUCCGGAUUAUUGGCGAAAUAAGGCCUGUGAAAAGUGGAUCGCUGCACCUUUGGAAAGGCUGCUUUUAAUUCCCUUCCGCUGAAAGCAACGCGAGGGUGAGUGAGUGAGUGAAGAGGAUUCUCGACGUGAGACAAGGUACCCAGCAAUGUCCAAGGGCGGGAGGUGGUGGGCUCCGACUCACAGGACACGCACAUCUGACUGUGCAGCCGAAAGGAACUGAACACUUGUUUGCGAAGCAUCCCUGCUUGCUGCCAUCGCUUCUGCUCGUCUCUGGGUGAAAGAAGGCAGCGAUUUUUUACUUCGGUUAUUUUCUGCCCCGAUUCUGCCCCUUUGAUGGAACGAUGAUGCGGGCAGAGAGGGAUACUGGGCUGAAUCGGAACUGUGCUGGCGACAGAAGCGGCAUGCGAGGAGCCGCCCCGCACCAUGGCUAACAGCGGCUCGGCCAAGUCGACAAGUAGCGGCGGCGGCGGCAGUGGUAGUGGCGGCGGCGGAUUCAACUCGCAGCAGCGGAGGAGGCUGGUGUUCAUGUGCGACAUGUGUAAGAGCAAGAUGCAACUGGUGGCCGACCUGCUGCUGCUGUCCAGCGACAACCGGCCGGUGCACAGCGACAGCCUGAGUACCGCGUCGGGCCAGUCGUUCGACAAGAGCCGGGACGCCGUGAUUGCCCGCACCAAGGGGCUGUCCAUCCUGACUCACGACGUGCAGAGCCAGCUCAACAUGGGCAAGUACGCUGAGGUGGGCGACAGCCUGGGCGAGAUGUGCGAGCUGGUGGUGGCGCUGGUUGAAUCGUCCGCCCAUGCAGCCUACCUGGCAGCAGCCGAGGCUCCCGGCUCGCAGGCGGCCGUAGCCGGCUUGGUGGACCGCUACCGCCUGAGCCGGGCUCGCCAUGAAGUGGAGCAGAGCUGCGGGUUGCUGAGGACGGCGCCCGUGUGCGAGCUGAGCCCGCCGCUGCUGCUCGAGUUGUCCCGCAGCCUGUCCCGCGGUCUGCGUGGGCUGACGGACGCCUGUGUGCUGGCGGCGGACAGUAGCCGCGACCGCUUCUCCCGGGAACAGUUCAAGCUGAGUGUCAAGUGUAUGAGCUCCAGCGCCACGGCGCUGCUGGCCUGUGUGCGGGAACUGAAGGCGAGGCCGUGUGAGGCGACCCGGGCCCGAUGUGUGUUGUUCGGCGGGCCGCUACUGCAGGCCGUGCAUGCCCUGGUCGGCUUCGCCACCGAGCCGCAGUUCCUGGGCGAGGCAGCGUCCGUCAGCGCCGAGGGCCGCGCCGUGCAGACAGCCGUACUGGGCGGUGCCAUGAGUGUGGUGUCGGCCUGUGUACUGCUCACACAGUGUCUCCGCGACAUCGCCCUACACACGGACAGCAGCAAGGUCCCUGACUACCGGCAGCGCCUGCACAACUCCGCCCUGGCCGUGUCGGACGGCUGCAACCUGCUGUCGCAGGCGCUGCGGGAUAGGACAUCGCCCAGGACUCUCCCGCCACUCAAUUGCCAUGCUGUGAAUUAACCACCUACCCGCUCAGAACAAGACACCCUGUUCCCUCCUGAUACCAACGCAUCCUCGGGCACAGGCGGUGUGUAUGUGUGUGUGUGUCCAUGGGGCAGGGGGAGGGGGGAGGGGGGACAUUCACAAAAACCGGCGCAGCAAGCGGCCAUUCAGCCCAUCGUGCCUGUGACAGCUCUUUGAAAGAGCUCUCUCCAGUUCAUUCCACUGCCCUGACCCACACAAUAUAGACUUCUCAACUUUCUAGAAGUCGUAGGUAAUUAGGACAGACAAUUCAACGAAUCACAAGGACUAAAUCGUGCUGGGUACGGUUCAGUCAGUCUUCCGGAUAUUUCAUCUUCAUUGAAUGAUAAAUCAUAUCAACUCAAUGGUUUAGAAAGGGUUUUUACCUCAAUUUACAUUUUAAACACACACACACACUCGCACAUUGACAGCGGGAUGGAAUGUAGCUCUGUUGGGUAUGUGUGUUCUGUAGAAUCAAGUGGUAAGAGCGAGCGAGAGCGAGCGAGAGAGAGAGAGAGAAGUGAAUCUGGUGUUAAUGAAAGGAAGUGUGCAGUUGUGAUCUGGAUCUUUUCACGUCCCGAUUCUAAAAGUUGGGAUGAAGCUGCUGUGAGUGUUAUUUUUCCGAGUUUUACACUAUUUGCCAGACAUGGAAGUCGAUGUCAAGUUUUCUUGCAUGUGCUGGAGUAUUUAUUUCAACAUUAAAAUGUUACGUUUCUCAUGAG